AUGAUUUCGAAUCUCGAUAACGAUAUACCAACUAUUGAAGAACUUUCCGAAGUUCAUAUUGCUGAUAUUCAUCACAUUGAAAAAAAGCAUGAAAUGAGGCCCAAGGCAUAUUCCUUGCCUGAACGGCGAACUGCUCAACAACAACCACAAGGUAGUAAAAAACGAUCCCGUUUUGGCACUAUCAAGCAAUCAGUGAAACGGCAAAUCUCUGGAAGUAUCAGAAGCAUUGGAGCAUAUGCUGGAAGGAUAGCAAAGCCUGCAAAUGCCUAUUUCCGAUGGAACCUGCUUUUCACUUUUCUGAUCUUUCUAUUUAUCUCUUCAGCUAUCUGGAUUCCAUGUAUUCCUGCAGUCAAUGUGAGUGAUUUCGCAUUGGAAAUUGUCACAAUCAUCUCCAUCAUUUUACAUUGCCUCUGGAUCAUUGCUAUUAUCAAUGCACUCAGAUAUACUUGGAGGUUGAGGAGAUUUGCAUCGCAUGAGAUUCGACUCGACUUGGUCAAAAACGAAGCUGGAAUCAAAAUGAAGCACUUGGUGGGCUUGUGUGUCUACAAAGAGCCUUUGGAUCUCUUGAUGGACACCAUUGACAGUAUUGCUUCUCAGCCAAAUGCCAAGGAAAAAAUCACAUGUGUGGUAGGAAUGGAAGGAGGAACUCCAGACAAAGAAGAGAAAAAGCGAAUUCUCGACGACAAAUACGGGCCACAGUUCGAGCGGUUUAUUGUCACAUUCCACCCACGUGGAUUGCCCGGCGACAUUCCAGGCAAAUGUUCGAAUUUCAACUACGCGGCAAGAACAGCGGUCAAGAUAUUGAGAGCUGACAAGAACUACCCAUUGGAAGAGUACGAUAACAAUGUGGAAUUGAUAGUGACCACUGGGGACUGUGAUAGUGUUUUCGGGGACCGCUAUUUUGACGCGUUGGAGGAAGACUACUGGAAGCUCUCCCCCAAACAACGAUCCUACACUGUCUGGCAAUCUCCACUCUUCUACUGUAUCAAUCUGGACCAAUCUCCAUUCUUUGUCAGAGUUACUGGUUUAUUGAGAGCUUUCUUUAUGAUGGGAUACCUCAUUCCAUGGAACAUCAACACCAUGAGCAUCUUCUCCUUGACUCUCAAGCUGCUCGAGGAAGGAGAAUACACUCAUCCAGGAUAUCAAAUGGACGACAUCAUUGCUUUGAUUAGAUGGUCGUUGGCAGUGAGAAGGAAGUGUGUGAUUCGAGCUAUUCCGGUUGCUACGUUGUCUGGACCUACAAGUGGAAAAAAUUAUGUCGAUGAGUGGUACGAGUGGGCUCGUCAAAUCCGUCGCUGGACCAUUGGAGCCGCCGAAGUCUUCCAUUACUUUGCCAUCAAGUUUUUCCGCCUUCCAGUUUCAGUUUCCAUAUCCUUCGCCGCCAAAUUCGUUUUCUACUACGGAUUCUUGCUUUGUAUUGCAUCUGUCUACACUAUCAUCGCUCCUCUUGUGGUAUAUACUCUUCUUACCCCCGCCAUGCUGAAUGCUGUUGACCAUGGAGUGCACGGACUGGUGAUUCCAAACAACAAGUGCUUUAUGAUAAUCAUGUUCGGAUUUCUGGGCCUUCAGUACAUCUGGUUCUUUGUUGUCUUCCUCGUCAACUACCUUUGCCAACCGGUGUUCCCUCGUCAGACGAAAGACAAAACCGGUUUCAUUCGCAACAUUUUCCACUGGCUGAUGACCUGGCCAACGUUGGUCAUGUACUGUUGUGUGGAAUUAGUGGCGUUUUUAGAGGUACGGGUACAUCGGGUAAUUAGAAUAAUUACCAUCAUCUCUUUUCAGGUUACGGUUCGCGGAAAAUCCGUCUGUUCGCAUAAUGCGUCGAAGAAGGACAACCUUGUUGCACCCGUGCCCAGCAAACAACCGGAUCGCAUGGAAGUCUAA